AUGAUAAUUUUUAUAAAUUUUAUAUUAAUAUUUAUCUUUUUAUAUUUUAUAAAUUCUAUAGAAUGCUUUAAGAAUAAAUUAUACUUAAAUAUUUUACAUUUAUCUCAAAAUGAAGAUGAAGUAAAAUCAAAGAUAGAUAAUGUGGAAAUUUUUGAUGAUGGAAAGAAUAUAGAUGAAGUAAAAAAAUUAAUAUAUCCUAGAAUUAUUAGUUAUGGCGAUUUUUCGUUAAACUUAGACAAAAAUAAUGAAAAUAAUAAGGUAGAGAGAAUAGAAUUAAAAUGUAAUAACAAAUAUCCUGAUCAUUUAAAUCAUUUAAAAUUAAAAAUUUUAAAAGUUUUACUUAUUACUAAAACAAAAAAAGUAGGUGUUACUAAGUAUUUUAAAGAAUUUUGCAAAGAAGGUAACUCUUGUUACUUAACAGUUCAGUUAGAUGAAGAUAGAAAUUUUGUAGAUAAUAAAAUUAUACAUUUAAAAAUAAUAAAUGAUAAUAAAAAAAGAGAUCAAAGUUCAAAUCUAUAUACAAAUAUAAAUAAAUUGAAAAUUUUCUUUGUAUGUGAAGAUGUAAUUCAUCCAUACUCGAUACCAACAAAAUCACGUGAUACUUCUCGAUAUGCUUUUUCUCAUGGACAAAUUGCAUAUAUAAGAUGUGAAAAUCAUAAAACUGUUAAAAUUUUAAAAAUAUCAGGAAAAGAAUCAAAUGGGAAAUUUAAGACAAUAUCAAAGAACAAAAUUUUAUCUUAUUGUUCUCAGAGGGAAAUAUGUAAAGUUAACAUGCUAGAUAUAUAUAACGAUAAUGAAAUUACAGAUUUCGUAUUUUAUGAAGUGAAAUACUCUUGUAGAAUUUCUCAAGUUUGUAGAUUAUGUGUAGAAAAUUCUGUUUGUGAAUUAGAUAAAAUUUAUAAUCAAAAGAAAGAUGUUAUACAAUUUGAAAAUGAUAUGGAUGAUAAUGAAAAUGAAAUAUUCAAUAGAUUAUCACCAAGAAAUGAAGAUGAAGAUGAAGACAAAAAUGAAUCUGAAGAGAAAAAAAAAAAAAAAAAUAUAGAAAAUCUUGAAUAUAAUGUAAUAUCAAUAGACUUAAAUCGUAUGGUUAGUGUGGGAAAUAAUUCUUAUCAUAUAUAUGAAAUUUGCAAAUGUAAAGAAGGUUUUAUACAGGAAGGAUUAGCAUGUUUUAAAAAUGAAAAUGAAGAUACGAGAAUAGAAGAAAACUCUAAUAAUGAAGAAUAUGGAAAUAUUAUUCUAAAUAAGGAAAAGAAUAUAAAUAAAGAAAGAAUAGUUGAAAAUAAGAAUGCAGAUACCUUAGAAAAUGAAAGAGCUCAAGAUGUCAUGAACAAGAUAAAUGAAAAAGAAAAUGAUCGUAAUAAAGUAAAUAUAAAAGACUCUUUAAAUGAUGAAAAAGAAGAAAUAAAUAAUCCACAAAACAUACAAGAAAAUAGUAAUGAUAUUAUUGAUGAUGAUAGUAAUGAGAAUAUACAUGAUUUUGAUGAGGUUGUGUUAAACUCAAAAAAUAAAUAUUACGAUAAAAAUAAAAUAGAAGACAACUCUAAUUCAAAUAAAAGUAAUAAUGAUUUAAAUAUAUAUAAUAAAAUUAAAACUCAAAUAAAUAUGGAUACGAAAAAAAUAGAAGCAAAAUCAUUAGGAGGCACAGAUUCCUUUUCUGUUCUAAGUUUUUUUCAUCCCUUGUUAUUUUUAUUAUUUUUUGUUUCAUUUUUUUUGAGUUUGUAUUAA